AGCACAUAUAUUAUUUAUUUCCAGUUUUCAACCGCCGUUUGUUUUAACUUUCCAAGCAAAGCAAAGUCGCCGGCGAUCUCUCCGGUCACCGUCUCCGAUAUCUCUUCAAGCUUCCGCCGCAAGGUUUAAGUGAUGGGUCAGGCUCUUGGUUGUAUUCAGGUGGACCAGUCUACCGUUGUUGUUAGGGAACAGUUUGGAAAGUUUGAUCAUGUUCUUCAACCGGGGUGUCACUGUUUGCCUUGGUGUUGUGGUUACCAAGCAUCUGGAACCUUAUCGCUUCGGGUGCAGCAGCUUGAUGUCCGUUGUGAAACGAAAACUAAGGAUAAUGUCUUUGUCACUGUUGUAGCAUCCAUUCAGUAUCGUGCUCUUGCUGAAAAAGCUUCGGAUGCCUUCUACAAGCUGAGCAACACGAAGGCUCAAAUUCAAGCCUAUGUUUUUGAUGUUAUUAGGGCAACUGUGCCAAAGUUGGAAUUAGAUUCUGCUUUUGAGCAGAAGAAUGAUAUUGCCAAAGCAGUGGAAGAAGAACUUGAGAAGGCCAUGUCUGCUUAUGGAUAUGAGAUUGUUGAAACUCUGAUCAUUGAUAUAGAGCCAGAUGCACAGGUGAAGAAGGCAAUGAAUGAGAUCAAUGCAGCUGCUAGGAUGAGGGUUGCCGCGAAUGAGAAAGCGGAAGCAGAAAAGAUCUUGCAGGUGAAACGAGCAGAAGGAGAGGCAGAGGCCAAGUAUCUUUCAGGUCUGGGAAUAGCAAGGCAGCGAGAAGCUAUUGUGAAUGGUCUGAGAGACAGUGUGCUUUCAUUCUCGGGUAAUGUUCCUGGGACAACUGCCAAGGACAUAAUGGACAUGGUUCUCAUAACACAAUAUUUCGACACCAUGAAGGAAGUCGGGGCCUCCUCCAAAUCUUCUGCUGUUUUCAUCCCUCACGGCCCUGGGGCAGUCAAGGAUAUUGCCUCGCAGAUUCGGGAUGGCCUGCUUCAGGGUAAACAUGCCCCCGUCUGAAGAAGAAACUAACGUCAUUGGUUGGUUGGUUGGAGCAUCUAGUUUACGUAUAUGAUUUUAACUUUAUUAUUAUGUUAUGAUUGAAACCUUAUUAAGUGUUGUGUUAAGACAUCAGCUUGCAUGGUAUUUGUAAAAUCUUGGUUAAUAUUUAUCUGAAUGCAAUGAUCUUUUAGUGUGU